CGGUGUUACACUGCAACCAGUGUCCAAACCGACGCUGUCAGGCGCGCGUCACUCGAGACACGACUCGCAACGCGUACGCACCAGUGUAUUCACAACGAAAAAAAAAUAUUAAAUAAUAAUAACGAUAUCGCACUACGUGGUCGCUGUGGGAAAUUCAAUUUUUUAUUCGCAGUCGAAAAUCGAGUUUUAACACACUUCGUCGUUGAAAUAAAUACUACUUAUUAUAUGAUAUCGUCGUAUAUUUCGCCAACACCGCCGUUAGUGUCGUGUUUUCGUGUACCUAUGUAAACAUAUAAUUUGUCGUAGUCGUUUUCGCCGUUUUUGUAAAAUAAUAUUCUAAUAAUAUUAUAUUAUAGUCUAAUCGCCGCAAUCGAGCCAUGGGACGAGUUUCGGCAGUAAACACCGUACUCAUCUGCUGCAGAAAUCGGUGCGUUUGAACGAGUCGACGAGCAGCGUAUAGUGUGUACGAACAUGGACAUUGCCGUGUUGAAAAAAUUGACCAGAUCCGGUUUUAUAUUACUUCACAUUAUCGUGUUGCUGAUCGUGAACGACCAGGUGAAGAGCGCUGGUACGAGAUGGGCAAACGCCGACCUGGAAGCGGCCGACGAGGCUUCGGACUUGCAGAUCUACAAAUCCGUUGUGCAGUCAAUGGAAGAAUGGAAACAGCGAAAGAACUCAUCGAAAAGGCAAAAAAGGGCAGAAACGAACGCCUGCUAUCCGGAAGUGGGUUGCUUCGACACUUCCGGCCCUUACGGUUACAUCGGAAUGGUACCAAACCGUCCCGAUGAGGUGAACACUAGAUUUUUAUUGUACAGCUCACGGAGGAGCCGACGGGACACACCACUGUUGGACGUGGCGUUCACAAAUAUGACGUCCAUCUGGCACUGGGCCGGCAAAGCCUUCAACGUGUCAGCUCCCACCAAAGUCAUAGUCCACGGAUUUGGUAGCUCCUGCUCUAACGUAUGGGUGUACGAAAUGAGAUCAGCGCUCAUGGACGUGGUCGAUUGCAACGUAAUCUGCGUAGACUGGGAGGCUGGGGCGAUCAUACCCAACUACGUGAGGGCCGCUGCCAAUACCCGGCUGGUUGGUAAACAGGUGGCUAUGCUGAUCGCCGGUCUGGCGGCCAAGGCGAACCUACCCAUAGAGAACGUGCACCUGAUCGGCUUCAGCUUAGGAGCGCACGCUGCCGGUUACGCCGGUGCCGAGUUGAAGAACCUGAGCAGGAUCACGGGCCUGGACCCGGCAGGACCGCUGUUUGAGAACCAGGACCCCAAGACCAGGCUGGACUCGACGGACGCCAAGUUCGUGGAUGUGAUCCACUCCAAUGGCGAGAACCUCAUACUGGGAGGCCUGGGCGCUUGGCAGCCCAUGGGCCACGUGGACUACUACCCAAACGGUGGCCGCAUGCAGAAGGGCUGCUCCAACCUGUUCGUGGGUGCCGUCACCGACAUCAUUUGGUCCGCGCCUGAAGUGUACGGCAGGAGCCUGUGCAAUCACCGGAGGGCGUACAAGUUCUUCACGGACAGCGUGUCGCCGAGCUGCGCGUUCCCGGCUGUGCCUUGCGAGUCAUACGAGAAGUUUCUGGAAGGCGAAUGCUUCCCGUGCAAGGACAAGUCCAAGUGCGGCAACAUGGGAUAUCACUCAGACAAGUCUCCGGGCCGCGGCAAAAUGUACCUGUUGACGAGGGACGAGGAACCGUUUUGUGCGCACCAAUACAUAGUCAAAAUCCACAACUCUCCUAGUGCUUUGCCUGUGGUCAGUUACGGCAAAAUACAAGUUGUUCUGUUUGGUCAACUCGAUAUAAACGAAACGUUUACCAUCACAAACAAAGACGACGCUGCACUGUCAGUGGGCGAGACGAUGAAAAAGAUCAUCGUGCCACAUCCCGCGCUGCAGGGCUUCAGCAGGGUUCAGAUCACGUACACAGCUUACAAAGGAUGGCUGUCAAACGGGCUUUCUAAGUGGAGCAUCGACAAGUUCAUAUUGACUGACAGUUACGGCAAUAGCCAAUCCGUUUGCCAGAGAGGCCUAGUCAUGCAGUCAGAAGUGCCCGUAGUGUUGCCUCUAUACCCAGGUGACUGCAACCUGCCUGAAUUGCUGCUGCAGAUCAACGGUGGCGACAUUGGUGACAAGACGGACCUGCAAAUGCACGGCGGCCAACCGGAAGAGUACGGUCAGCAGCACGUCAACGACACGUCCACCGCGCACCUGUCGGUCGGCGGAGGCGGUGACGUGGACUUGACUGCUCCUGGUGACCUGGCCACCGCUGCCGCCGGAUCAGCCGGGUUGAGCGCCACACUAGGUGUGGGCAUCAAGGAGUACAUGAACGUGCCGUGGAUGCCGCUUGUGGACAUCGAGGCGGGUCCGGCCGGAAAUAGCUUGGACCCGUCGUCGGACAGGCGUGAACAGUCGGGCCGCGGGUUCUCGGUCAACGGAGCGGGCCGGACCGCCAACAGGACUGCUGCGGGUGGCGGUGGCGUGCUGGUUGUUCGUCCAGCCGCAGCAGAAUCGGACGAUCAGUUCCCGUACGACGAAGUGGCGCAGACGACGAUCAGCCGAGUGGGCACCGGAAAUGGGACGGCCGGUGAGAUCCGCGAACCUGUGCUCCGGCCUAAGAGCCGUUUCCGGAUGUACCGGAUGCCGGACGGAAGCUCCGCCGCCGUCAGUAGCGCCGGUAACGGAACGUCUUCGCCGUCACCGACGCACGAAAAUGUCGGUAACGCGUCGUCCGCGACCACGGCAGAACGGUCGUUUAUUGUUCACCUGUUACCGCAAAAACUGAUGAACAUGAUUGAACAGGCCGAGAGGUAUGCGCGUAUGGCAUUCUCGCCGUUCAUGUGGCCGACAAAGGAACGUGCGCAACGCGCUCUCAAAAACUUCCCGAGGUUUUUGUUCAAUGAAAACAGGACGUCCGAACAAGUUGUCAACGUUCAACUGGACGAGAGUCCCAAGAGGUACAUACCGCUGACGUUCGGCGAUGACCGUCCGGAACAGCGAGCACAACAGUCCGGUGGACGGGCUACGCUAAUCGAGGAGAGAAUCGUGCCGGCGAUGACCGACGACAGUCCGAUCGAAGAAGACUUAGACUUAUCCAAAGAAGACAUUAGAUAAAAUCCCUCUAAAAUUUAGUCCAUAGUUUUAUAGUGUUAUUAUUAUUUUACAUGUAAUGUGUGUGUAUGAAUGAUUGUGUUCGAUUACGUGUCUUACGACGACGUACACGCCAAAACGUAUAAUAUUGAUUUACUCAAACGUAAAAAUAAUAUUGCGUGUAUGUGUGUGUGUGUGUGUGUGUGUGUGUGCGUGUAAGUGUAUUUAUUUAUUUUAAUGUGUGUAAAUAUCGGCUUAGAGAUUCCGAAUUCGUCUACAUCUCAAUUAUAUAAUUGUGGAAUGAAACAAAAAUGCGUAACAAAUCGUAUAAUUUUAGUUCCUAAACAUUUUUGAGAAUUCAAAAUUAAAAAAAAAAAAAAAAA